GCUAUUUGCGAAAUUUGUGAACACUUGUUUGUAAUUUGUAUUUGCGUAAGUACGCACUAUAUACAUUAAAUAGUUUCUUAUUUCGAUGAUUAUUACAAAUAAGGACUUUGGAUUGUCAAUUUAGCACUUUGUCAAAUCAAUAAAAUAAAACUAUCAAAAUGAGUGCUAGUGAAACAACAAAAGAAAUGACGUUCGCGGAGAAGCAAGCAGAACGAUUAAAGAGACUUCGCUCUUUACACACUGCAAGAAAUGAAGCACGGUCGCAUAAUCACCAAGAAGUUGUAGCUGAGGAGGCUAGAAACAAGUUACCAGCUAAUUACGACGCCAAACGACGACAAGCUGAAUGGAUCAUGGAAGAUCAAAAGAAACGUGAGGAAUCAGCUAAAGAGGGUAAAGACUAUGACAGAGUUAAAUUACUGAAUAUAUCUGCAGUAGAAGCAGAGAGGUUGGAACGCAAAAAGAAGAAAAAGAACCCUGAUCAAGGCUUUUCUACUUAUGAACAGGCAACAGUAAGACAGUAUAACAGACUUGUCAAAAAUAUGCCAACUGCAGAUAUGGAACUUUAUGAACAACAGAAACAAAAAUAUGGUGAUGCUUUCUAUGGAGGUCCAAAUGUUAUUAUUCAUGGAAUGCAUAAAGAUAGAAGAGAAGCAGUUGAUAAAAUGGUAGAUGAUUUGGAAGGGCAAAUUGCGAAGAGAGCUAAAUAUUCCAGGAGACGGACUCAUAAUGAUGAUGCAGAUAUUGACUACAUCAAUGAAAGAAAUGCCAAGUUUAAUAAGAAAUUGGAGAGAUUUUAUGGAGAGCACACUGCAGAAAUCAAACAAAACUUGGAAAGAGGCACAGCCAUUUAAUUAUAUUGUGAUAAAAUAAUAAAAAUCCAGGAGAACUUUGAUGUGUUUUGGGUCUUGGCCUGCAUUCUGCAUAUUAUUCAUAGAUUGCUCCUAAUAGGCAGGUGAUUAGCCUUCUGUGUAGAAGUGUGUAAUGAAUUGUUUAUAGAAGUUCACAAAAUCAAUAAUAAUUAUUGAAGUACCUUAUAUUUUUUACCUUGUGUACAGUUUCCUAAAUUUAUAGUUCUGUAACGAUCAAUUAUCUAUGAUGAUUAUAAAAGUUUGUAAUACAUUUAUAUUUAACUACUUGACAAUGAGAGCUGCCUCUGUUGCUUAGUUGCCAUGCAUUUGGGUGAAUCGAUUGAUUUUUCCUUGCAUUCCAUUUUCAAGUAAAAAAAUGUUUUAGUUUGAGUUGAGUGUUAAACAUUGGUUCUCAUGCUUGGUUUCGGAGUUCAGAUUUAGAGCUAAGUGAUACUUCCUUAUGUCAAAAACAUUGUAUUUUGACUGUUGUCAUAAUACAGUAGUCAGUUCUCUGCGCUAAGUCCUGACUCAGGAAUCAUCUGGUCUUAAAGAGCUUUUUACGAAAGCCUUAUUUUUUACUCAAAUAAUCUUGUUUGUGUAUAAAUUAUAUCUUAAAUAAAAAAAAAUCUUGUAA